UGGGGCGCGGCGGCCGCGGCCCCUCGCCGGCGCGUGUUGCGGCGGCCCCCGGUGCUGGAGGACUACGUCCACGUGACCUCCACGGGCGGCGACCGGGCCUUCCUGGUGCUGCGCGAGGACCCCGCAGGCACGGGGCUGCAGAGCCCUCUCCUGGACGUGCGGUGGCGAGGUGGAGGCCGGCUGGACCUGCUGGGUGUGCCCCUCACCUCCCUGAAGGAGCAAGUGGACAGCGAGAGGCGACAGCGGGUACUCCAGGAGGCCCAGCAGCUCUCGGACGCCCUGCACAGCCUGCGGCCCGAGGACGGGGAGGCACAGCCUGCCGGAGCCCCUGAGGAACGGCCGGCCGCCGGCCAGGACGCCCAGCACCGCUUGUGGGUGGACGAGUUCGCGCCGCGGUGCUACCGGGAGCUGCUCAGUGAUGACUUCACCAACCGCUGCCUCCUCAAGUGGCUGAAGCUCUGGGACGCGGUCGUGUUCGGCCGCGACAGGCCCCUGCGGAAGCCCAGGCCCAGCGUGGAGCCGGUCAGGGCCGGCAGGGAGGCCCCAGCGCCCGGCAAGUGGAUGCUGGAGGCCAUGCUGGAGGCUGAGCUGGACGGGAGCCAGAGGCCCCGGCAGAAGGUGGCCUUGCUGUGUGGGCCCCCGGGGCUGGGCAAGACCACGCUGGCGCACGUGAUCGCUCGGCACGCUGGGUACUGCGUGGUGGAGAUGAACGCCAGCGACGAUCGCAGCCCCGAGGCCUUCCGGACCCGCAUCGAGGCCGCCACGCAGAUGGAGUCGGUGCUGGGGGCCGGCGGGCGGCCCAACUGCCUGGUCAUCGACGAGAUCGACGGGGCGCCCACGGCCGCCGUCAGCGUCCUGCUGAGCGUGCUGAACCGCAAGGGCCCUCAGGAGCCGGGGCCGGGGGGCCGGCAGCGCAGAGGCGAGGGCGGCCCAUUGCUCCGGCCCGUCAUCUGUAUCUGCAAUGACCCGUUUGCGCCGGCCCUGCGGCAGCUGAAGCAGCAGGCACUCCUGCUGCACGUCCCCCCGACUCUGCCCGCCCGGCUGGUGCAGCGGCUGCAGGAGAUCUGUGUGUGGCAGGGCAUGCGCGCUGACGUGGGCGCGCUGGCUGCUCUCUGUGAGAAGACGGACAACGACAUCCGGGCCUGCAUCAACACGCUGCAGUUCCUGCACGGGCGGGGCCAAGAGCUGAGCGUGCGGGCCGUGCAGACCACCCACGUCGGCCUCAAGGACCAGCGCAAAGGGCUGUUCUCGGUGUGGCAGGAGGUCUUCCAGCUGCCCCGCGCCCAGAGGCGCCAUGUGGGUCAGGAUCCCACGCUGCCGGCCCUCGGGCUCCUGCUGGGCGAGGGGGACGCUGGCGCCCUGCCCAUGGCCUCACAGCGAUUCCACCGCGUCCUGCACAUCGCCACCUCCGCGGGCGAGCACGAGAAGGUGGUGCAGGGGCUGUUCGAGAACUUCCUGCGCCUGCGCCUGCGGGACUCCAGCCUGGGCACGGUGUGCGCCGCCCUGGACUGGCUGGCCUUCGACGACCUGCUGGGCCGGGCCGCCCACCACAGCCAGAACUUCCAGCUGCUGCGCUACCCCCCCUUCCUGCCCGUGGCCUUCCACGUGCUGCUGGCCGCCAGCCACGUGCCGCGGAUCGUGUUCCCCAGCAGCCAGCACGAGGCCCAGAGCCGGACGACCCAGAUGAGGAACCUGAUCCAGACGCUGGUGUCCGGCAUCGCCCCAGCCACCCGCAGCCGGGCCGCGCCCCAGGCCCUGGUCCUGGACGCCCUCUGCCUGCUCCUGGACAUCCUCACGCCUAAGCUGCGCCCCGUGAGCACACAGCUGUACAGCGCCCGCGAGAAGCAGCAGCUGUCCAGCCUGGUGGGCACCAUGCUCGCCUACAGCCUCACCUACCGCCAGGAGCGCACGGCCGACGGGCAGUACGUCUACAGGCUGGAGCCGAACGUGGAGGAGGUGUGCCGCUUCCCCGAGCUGCCGGCCCGCAAGCCCCUCACCUACCAGGCCAAGCAGCUCAUCGCCCGCGAGAUCGAGGUGGAGAAGAUGCGCAGGGCCGAGGCCUCGGCCCGGGCCGCCGACAGCAGCAGCCCCCUGGUGGACGGGGGUCCUCCGGGGAGUGGGGAGAGAGGGCUGCCGCGCCCCGCCCCCCGCGAGCAGCUGCAGCCCACGAGGAGGGCGAUCCCCGAGGAGCAGCCCGAGAGGGACUUCUUCGGACGCGUGGUGGUCAGGAGCGCGGCAGCAGGUGCAGAGAACGAGGCCCCCGAUAAGGACGCGGCUGAGUGGCGCAUGGGCACCGCGGUGGGCAGGAGCCAGGUCUGGUUCCGCUUCAACGAGGGCGUCUCCAACGCCGUGCGGCGCAGCCUGCACAUCCGGGACCUGCUGUAGCCCCGCCCCCCGCCCCCCUGCCCCCAGAGAACGGACGAGAGCGGUGCUUCCGCUGCCUUUAUAAAAGCCGCGCGGCGCGGUCC